UUCACCCUAACUAACUUUCAGACUCACGAAAAAAAAAACUCCACUCACCUUUCACAGAGGAGGACACGAGAGACUACCACCCCUAACAUACGCACAAUCAAUCUAAAACCCCUACUUUGAAUUUAAUCUUCUUCGCAGCAUUCUCGCGAGUGCGGAAUCGCUCUUAUCCUCCUCUCCUCCCCUGGGCCACCACCGUCGUUACCGGUUCUUGACCGCAGUUGGCCGUUCCUCGCCGCUCCGCCUAUGCUCGAACUUGCCACAAGUUCGUCGUCCUUGGAGCUCGCAUCUUCUCACAGCGUUGCAUCGUCGAGACCCGUUUCCUUAUCUCCUCGCCAACCACCGUUGGAACCUUGCUGAACACUAAACUGCCAGACGCUACAGACGUCGAAGAGGAAAAGAAGCAGGAGCAUAGAUUUAUAUUUAUUGCAGCACAAGGAUGCUCUUCCUUUGAGGUUUGGUAAUUUUGCAACCACAGGAGAGAUUUUGAUGGACAAAAGCAAGAGUUUGAAUUUGGCAAAUCUAGUGCAACUCUGCGUCACCAAAAAAGAUCUUUUAGCCGGCAAGGUUCUUCACGCCCAACUUUUCCGUCUCCGUCUUUUCUCUGACACCUUUCUCUCCAACCACUUCAUCGAACUCUAUUCAAAGUGUGAUGAAAUUGCCUCUGCCCACAUCGUGUUCAACAAUAUACCACACAAAAACAUCUUUUCCUGGAACGCCAUUUUGGCUGCUUAUUGCAAAACCCGCAACUUGCAACACGCUUGUCGUCUGUUCUUGGAAAUGCCUCAGAGGAACACCGUCUCACUGAACACCUUAAUCAGCACCAUGGUCAGGUGUGGUUAUGAACGCCAGGCACUGGAUACCUACAAUUCGAUGAUGCUGGAUGGAAUUAAACCCUCCCACAUAACGUUCGCUACCGUUUUUAGUGCUUGUGGUACUUUGUUGGAUGUGGACUGUGGCAGGAGAAAUCAUGGGUUUGUGGUCAAGGUCGGUCUUGAAAGUAAUAUAUAUGUUGUUAAUGCUCUUUUGUGCAUGUAUGCUAAGUGUGGGCUUAAUGUGGAUGCGCUUUGUGUUUUUAGGGACAUUCCUGAGCCUAAUGAGGUUACUUUCACCACCAUGAUAAGGGGAUUAGCUCAGACAGAUCAAUUCAAGGAAGCUUUGGAAUUGUUUAGACUCAUGUUGAGAAAAGGUGUUCCCGUUGAUUCUGUUUCCUUGUCCAGCAUAUUGGGUGUGUGUGCGAAAGGAGAAAGGGACAUCGGUAUCUGUCAUGGUCUCUUGUGUAAUGCACAAGGAAAACAAAUGCACACACUGUCAAUUAAACUGGGAUUUGAGAGAGACCUCCAUUUAUGCAACUCUUUGCUUGAUAUGUAUGCAAAAAUUGGGGAUAUGGACAGUGCUGAGACGGUUUUUGUUAAUUUGAAUGAGCACAGUAAUGUUUCUUGGAAUAUAAUGAUUGCUGGGUAUGGGAAUAGAUGUAACAGUGAGAAAGCGGCAGAAUAUCUUCAGAGAAUGCAGUGUGAUGGAUAUGAACCAGAUGAUGUUACUUAUAUUAAUAUGCUGACAGCGUGUGUCAAGUCUGGGGAUGUUAGAACCGGGCGUCUAAUAUUUGAUUGCAUGCCAUGCCCAAAUUUGGCUUCAUGGAAUGCUAUACUCUCAGUCUAUAAUCAGAUUGCGGACCACAGAGAGGCAAUUGAAUUGUUUAGAAAAAUGCAGUUUCAAUGCCAACAUCCUGAUCGGACUACUUUGGCCAUUAUUCUCAGUUCAUGUGCUGAACUGGGUCUUCUUGCGGUUGGAAAAGAGGUUCAUGCUGCAUCUCAAAAAUUUGGAUUUUAUGAUGAUGUCUACGUUGCCAGUAGCCUUAUUAAUUUGUACUCCAAGUGUGGGAAAAUGGAGUUGUGUGAGCAUGUGUUCAGUAAACUGCCUGAACUAGAUAUUGUAUGUUGGAACUCAAUGCUAGCAGGGUUCUCAAUCAAUGCUCUUGAACAAGAUGCCUUGUCUUUCUUCAAACAGAUGCGACAACUUGGCUUCUUCCCAUCUGAGUUUUCUUUUGCUACCAUAGUGAGCUCUUGUGCAAAACUUUCUUCCUUGUUUCAAGGUCAACUUUUUCAUGCUCAGAUAAUAAAAGAUGGUUUUCUAGAUGACAUAUUUGUGGGGAGUUCUCUAAUAGAAAUGUAUUGUAAAUGUGGUGAUGUGCAUGGGGCCAAAUAUUUUUUUGAUGUGAUGCCUAGUAAAAAUACCGUUACAUGGAAUGAAAUGAUACACGGUUAUGCACAGAAUGGAAAUGGUCGCAGUGCUCUAUGCCUUUAUAAUGACAUGAUUUCAUCUGGUGAGAAACCUGAUGAUAUUACUUUUGUUGCUGUUUUAACUGCUUGUAGCCACUCGUCUUUGGUUGAUGAAGGACUUGAAAUAUUCAAUGUCAUGCUGCCAAAAUUUGGAGUGGUGCCAAAGUUGGAUCAUUACACUUGCAUCAUAGAUUGUCUGAGCCGAGCAGGGAGAUUUCAUGAAGUAGAAGUCUUUCUAGAUACCAUGCCAUGUAAAGAUGAUGCAGUUGUAUGGGAGGUUGUGUUAAGUUCAUGCCGUAUUCAUGCUAACUUAACCUUAGCAAAAAGAGCUGCUGAGGAACUCUAUCGACUGGACCCCCAAAAUUCUGCUUCAUAUGUGCUUCUUGCCAACACGUACUCUUCUUUGGGAAGAUGGGAUGAUGCACGUGUUGUAAGGGAUAUGAUGAGUGAUAAAAAGGUCCUUAAGGAUCCCGGUUAUAGCAGGAGUGUGAGCAAGAAUGAUACACAAAUCAUUCUAGGAAAUGAACAAUAAUCUCAUUAUGAUGGUCGUUGAAAUCAAAGCACCUCUGCAGAGACCUCGAUCAUUUAUACAAAAGGGACCUUGUAUUCUACUGGAAGAUCGAUUGUACAUCUCAUGACAGCGCUUUUAUGACUAUCAGUUGCUUAUUAAACUGGAGACUGAUGUCGUCUGAGUGACAUUCCCCUUGAAAAUUUUCACGGAGAACUUCGGUCACACGAUUUAGGAAGGUGGGACUUGAAAUUAGUAGUAUUAGAGCUUGAGGAGUCUAUUCUUGCAGGAUAUGUUAUUUCCUAGGCUAUAGUGUAUUUGGUGAUUUACACCUUUCAUGUCACUGGUGAAGGCCAUUAUGCAGGCGCCCGCUGUUGCGGCAAGGUGGGUUGGAUGGGUAUUGAUUAUAACAAGGAGAGAAGUUGGUGUUUUCUUUCAUUGGCUUAAACAUCAAACAGGUAAAUAUGUUAGCUCGUGCCCUCUUUAGUCUCUCCAAUUAUGUGCGUGCCCUCUUUUUAUUCUUUUAAUUACUCAUUUUCAAUUUUUUUAUCUAAUUUAUGGAGGUGCAUAUUACACACUAUACUCACAUUAGCUAAAAGUUUUCUCUUUCAAACAUCGAAAUAUCCUACCUUUUUUCGUUAAAGAAAGAACCUUAACAGUCAGAAACAAAAAGAAACUAACAGUAAAACCCAAUGGCUGAAUCAUCAGCCAACAAGGGAUACAUAAAGAAGGGAGGAGGGAAGUAAGAAUUUUGCUGUCCAUAUCUUUUCGGUUGUGUUGACCGUAGGUGUGCUCAUUUGAUUGCAUCUGUCAUACUGAGAUGGAGUUGUUGCUAGCAUUGCGGUGUGUACCUGCAGAGACUUUAACGCCCAAAUCAGUGAUGGGCAAGGUAAAAAUCUUUGUGCGGUUUUGAAUGUCAACAAAAGAAGUGUGGAUCGGGACUCGGAUGUGUAUCGUAACUUGCUUUCUAAGUUGGUUCAAGCUAAAGAGUUGCUAAAGGAAUAUGUUGACAGGGAGAAGAAGAAAAGAGAAGAAAGGGCUGAACCACAAAAGACUAAUUAGGCCAUUACACAACAACAAUUUUCUAGCCUUUAGUUAUGGGGUUUCCUCUGAAAUGUAAGAAAUGGUAUUCUUGACUUGCUCUUUUUUUUGUUGGUCUUGUGCAUUGGGUGAAUCGGAGUGGGGCAAUUCUAUCAUCAUGGUUUUGUAUACUAUACUUGAUCUAUCUUCUUCCAUGGUGAUCCAGCUAAAUCCUACUUUCUGCUCAACCACAAUUUACCUGUUUAACACAGUCUUGUGUAUUGUGUAAUCUUCUCUUUGAUACAGGAAGAUUAAUAAGGAAACUGCAUAUUAAUAAAAAAGCUGCAUCACAAGCGAUCAAUGAUUAGAAUUAAUUUUUGAUUA